AUGACCACAGACUCAGAUAAAUCAGGAGUGUGGUUUACGGACGCAUCCUCCCAGAGGGUAGGGUCCAAAUGGCAUUACAAAGCCAUGGUCUUGGAGAUUGGCACAGGCCAAACUGUCACCGAGGAGGGUGAUGGCAGUGCACAAGUGGGUGAACUACGUGCCCUCAUGCUGGCAGCUGAGCAUGGAGCAGAAACCAUCUACACUGAUUCCUACUCCACAAUCAAAGGUGCCACCAAGCGGAUCUGCCAGUGGGAGGUGAAUCAGUGGAAGGUUUCAAAUGUAGAAGUAUGGAGGGCUGCUGACUGGCAGAGGCUAUUGGAGAUAAGCCGAUCCAGACUCCUCAAAGUGGGCUGGGUAAAAGGGCAUUCCAAAAAGCAAACCCCGGCUGCAACAUGGAAUGAGCAGGUGGAUUACCUGGCAAAGAUAAAUAUGGUCAGUGAUGAGAAAGAUGAUUGGUGGUGA